AUGCCAUUUCCUUAUCCUCUUUCGUUGACGUCGAUAGCAGUUCCUGCCCAGGAUCUUUCAAACGCAGUCCCAGGAAUCUACUACAGUGCAGUUGACCCAUCGCAGACAGUUGUGCAUCCAUAUAUGCUAGUCCCACCUGGCACCUAUGAGGCGACCAACCAGUAUGCAAGCACCAUCGCCUCUACGAUCUCUGGAGAUUCUCAUACGGAGACUCACGCCGACAACAACAUGGAAGCGGAUACUGGAGUUAGAGACAGCCCGGGGCUUCAAGGAUUGGUACGAGAUUAUUAUAGGAAUCUGAUCCCUUUCCAUGAGAUUCAGAACUACCGACAGGAGCUUUCAGGCAUGGAUGACGGCGAAAUGAAAUGUUUUCGAUGCUCCUCACACCGUUUCCUUCUUUCGCCAGGGAUGUUGGGUGAUCUCGGGCUAUACAUUCCCCUCGUUGUCACUCUGUCGCUCCGAAAGCAGAUCGGCCUAGCGCCAACUCUGAUCUUUUCCGGCUUAUCCAACAUAAUCACAGGACUGACGUUCAAAGUCCCGAUGUGCGUCCAGCCCAUGAAGUCUAUUGCUGCCGUCGCGCUGUCAAGCAACUUGACUGAGUCCGAGAUCAUGGCGAGCGGCAUACUGACGGGAGCGAUAGUUCUCUUCCUGGGGCUUACCAACCUCAUCACAGGAAACACACGAAAGCUCUUUUCCAAGACUGACACUCCACUUGCAGUCAUCAACAAGAUCAUUCCGAACUCAGUCGUCCGCGGGCUGCAGCUCGGACUUGCUCUCAAAUUCUUCUCAUCUGCGUUGAAGCUCCUUCAUAACUCGGGCAAGCCGUCUUGGUCGUACGAGAACUGGGUGCACUGGGAUGGCUACCUCAUGGGGAUGUUUACCCUCUCGUUUGCUCUCGUCUUCGUUCGAUCAAGGAACGUUCCCACCGCUCUUGUUCUCUUUCUCUUUGGCAUCAUCGUCGCUGCUGCCCGCGUUGCGCAUGCUGGAGAAAAGAUCGUAUUCGCAGCCCCUGACGUACAUUUAGCAAACUCUGUUGCAUCUCUGGUGACUUCAUUGCAGGUUGUACACUUCACUCAGAACGACUUCAAGGUCGGGAUUCUCGAAGGAGCCAUUCCGCAGGUUCCGACAACCCUCCUUAACUCCUGCAUUGCCGUCUGUCAGCUGGCAGAGGAUCUCUACCCUCAGCGGCAGACGGGAGUUAACGUUCGCUCCGUCUCGACGUCGGUUGGACUUAUCAACAUUAUUUUCUGCUGGUUUGGUGGCAUGCCAAUGUGCCAUGGAUCGGGAGGACUUGCAGGGCAACACCGCUUUGGAGCGAGGACCAACCUCUCUAUCAUCAUCCUUGGAACCUGCAAGUUCCUUCUCGGCCUUCUCUUCUCCGCCGGCCUCCUGGAACUCCUUAAGUUCUUCCCCCAAGCCAUCCCUCUCCGCUCUCCUUGCGCUCUCCUCUUUCGAGCUCGGAGCCGCUUCCCGCAGCGGGAUGCCUUCAUGGGAACCUCGGAAGGAUUCGUCAUCGGCCUUGUUGCUUAUUACCUCGUAGCGUUCUUCUCCAUGUUCGUCGGAAGCGAUGAAGCUAUCGAGGAGGCCCGCAGCAACAUGCGCACCAUGAAGUCUGACCUAGUCAAGUACUUGACCUCCAUCCAGCCUCCUACCUUCUCCUCCCGCCAGUGGAAGCGCUCCAGCCUCUCCUCCAGCUGA